ACUAUCGCAUAAUGUAACAGCACUAGUAGACAUUCCGAUCUUGUGUUUUUCUUAUUGUAUUCUUUUGAUAGGUAAACUUCAUAAAAUAAAGAGCAUUAAUUGGUUUUGGGCAAUUACCUUUAUACACAUAGAACGUAGAAAUUAAAUAACUUGCACCAAUGGACAAACUACGCCGUGUUUUAAGUGGCAAUGACACCACACCGGAGGAAGAGAGCAGCAUUAUUACCCAGAUUAAUGAUAUGUCAACAUUAAGCUGGAGCACCCGAAUCAAGGCAUUUUGUAUUUGCUUUGUGCUUGGCAUAUUGCUCUCAUUUCUGGGCUCAAUUGCGCUCUUUUUGCAUCGCGGCAUUGUCGUCUUUGCCGUUUUCUACACGCUGGGCAAUCUUGUAUCGAUGGCCAGUACGUGCUUCCUUAUGGGCCCUUUGAAGCAGGUGAAGAAGAUGUUUGCCGAAACGCGUCUGAUUGCCACCAGCAUUGUAAUUGUUGCCAUUGUGAUGACUUUUGUCUCCGCCAUUGUGUUAAAAAAAGCCGGCCUCACACUUAUAUUCAUAAUCAUACAAAGCCUGGCCAUGACUUGGUAUUCGCUCUCUUACAUACCCUAUGCACGAGAUGCGGUCAGAAACACAGUUUCCGCAUGCUUUGAGGUUUAGCUAGUGUGUU